AUGGAUUUAUCAAAUUUGUCCAAUACGUUACCAACGCUGAAACCUUUGCCGCGCAAAGCUGAGACUUCUGAUCAUUCAAGCUACGAUGACCCAUCAUCGCAAUUAAGAACAAGUUCACAAUCAAGCAUUUCGGAUACCGAACUUACGACACAUUUUAAAGACGCUGCGAAAUCUGUAGCAUCCCUAUAUAACUCAUCCAUUAAUCCACAAUCUGGAAGCGUGGUGACCGCUGCGCAAAAGCAAGCCAUCAAGACUGACUUUGCCAAUGCGGCAAGAGCUGUUGCUGCUUUAUACAAAACUGGCCAGGGAUCACAUUCAGCAUCCCAUGAGUUGGGUUACCUACAGUGCCUUGACGACUUGCUACAUGUGAUCACAAAUGAUGAGGACGUGGAAAACUGGGCAUUGACAAAGCGAGCGGAGAUUACAAAUGCAAAGAAUAAGUCAGACUUAGCGACAACACAACCUGCUAAUUAUGCAACUUCAUUAGAUGAUGCAAAGAUACCACAAGAUUUCGUAUUUCAGUUUGAGCUGGAUUUGAGGCCCUCAAGUUCUUUUAAACCAAGUAUACCACCAAUGUCAGUUCAACACAAUGCUGCCCAAAGGAAUAACAUGAUAAAGAAGAAGAAGCUUCAACAUUUACACAAAAAGUUUUAUUCGUCAGAAGAGUCAAGUGAGAGUGAGACGGAUGAUUUAAAACGUGCUAAACUCUUCAAAGACCCGGUGGAUAGUCCGUUGAAGAAAAAGAAAAAGAAAAAGCUUUAA